GUUCACUACUGUUAGAAUCGAAGAUAAAUCCAAAUACUGCAUAUCAAAAACAGCAGGACACCCUGAUUGUUUGGUCAGAAGCAGAAAACUAUGAUUUAGCACUGAGUUUUCAAGAAAAAGCUGGCUGUGAUGAAAUUUGGGAAAAAAUCUGCCAGGUUCAAGGUAAGGAUCCUUCGGUGGAAGUCACACAGGACCUUAUUGAGUCAGAAGAGGAACACAUAGAAGAAAUGCCUGAAACGAGUCCUUUGAUCGACCUUCCUACUUGUGAACUCAACAAACUUGAAGAGAUUGCUGACCUAGUUACCUCUGUUCUCUCCUCACCCAUCCGUAGAGAAAAGCUAGCGCUGGCCUUGGAGAAUGAAGGCUAUAUUAAAAAACUAUUACAGCUUUUCCAAGUCUGCGAGAAUUUAGAGAACACCGAAGGCUUACAUCAUUUGUAUGAAAUUAUUAGAGGAAUUUUGUUCCUCAACAAAGCAACUCUGUUUGAGGUGAUGUUUUCUGAUGAGUGUAUUAUGGAUGUUGUUGGAUGCCUUGAGUAUGAUCCUUCUUUGGCUCAGCCAAAACGGCACAGGGAGUUCUUGACCAAAACAGCAAAAUUUAAGGAGGUUAUUCCUAUAACAGACUCUGAACUCAGGCAAAAAAUCCACCAGACUUACAGGGUACAGUAUAUUCAGGACAUCAUCUUGCCGACACCAUCUGUUUUUGAAGAGAAUUUUCUUUCUACCCUCACUUCCUUUAUUUUCUUCAACAAAGUUGAGAUUGUCAGUAUGUUGCAGGAAGACGAGAAAUUUUUGUCUGAAGUUUUUGCACAAUUAACAGAUGAAGCUACAGAUGAUGACAAACGAUGUGAAUUGGUUAACUUUUUCAAGGAAUUCUGCGCGUUUUCUCAGACGUUACAACCUCAGAACAGAGAUGCAUUUUUCAAAACUUUAGCAAAGUUGGGAAUUCUUCCAGCUCUUGAAAUUGUAAUGGGAAUGGAUGAUCUGCAAGUUAGAUCUGCUGCUACAGAUAUAUUUUCUUAUCUAGUAGAAUUUAGUCCAUCCAUGGUCCGAGAAUUUGUAAUGCAAGAGGCCCAGCAGAGUGAUGAUGAUAUCCUCCUCAUCAACGUGGUCAUUGAGCAGAUGAUCUGCGAUACUGAUCCUGAACUUGGGGGAGCUGUUCAGUUAAUGGGGCUCUUGCGUACUCUGAUAGAUCCAGAGAAUAUGUUGGCCACAGCUAAUAAAACAGAAAAAAGUGAAUUUCUCAAUUUCUUCUACAACCAUUGUAUGCAUGUUCUUACUGCACCGCUUCUGGCUAACACAUCAGAAGAUAAAUGUGAAAAAGAUGCAGUAGUUGGGUCUACUAAGGCUAAUACCAUUUGUCCUGAUAAUUAUCAAACAGCACAACUACUUGCCUUAAUUUUGGAGCUGCUUACUUUUUGUGUGGAACACCACACGUAUCACAUCAAGAAUUACAUUAUGAACAAAGAUUUGCUAAGAAGAGUACUGGUCUUGAUGAAUUCAAAACACACAUUUCUGGCCUUGUGUGCUCUUCGCUUUAUGAGGAGGAUAAUUGGCCUAAAAGAUGAAUUUUAUAACCGUUAUAUCACCAAGGGAAAUCUGUUUGAACCAGUUAUAAAUGCUCUGUUGGAUAAUGGAACUAGGUACAAUCUGCUCAACUCUGCUGUGAUUGAGCUGUUCGAAUUCAUCAGAGUGGAAGAUAUUAAGUCCCUUAUUGCACAUAUAGUUGAAAACUUUUAUAAUGCACUUGAAUCUAUCGAAUAUGUUCAGACAUUCAAGGGACUGAAGACAAAAUACGAGCAAGAAAAAGACCGACAAAACCAGAAACUGAACAGUGUUCCAUCUAUAUUGCGUAGCAAUAGAUUCCGCAGAGAUGCAAGAGCCUUGGAGGAGGAUGAAGAAAUGUGGUUCAAUGAAGAUGAAGAGGAAGAAGGUGAAGCCGUUGUACCUCCAGUUGAGAAGUCAAAGCAAGAGGAUGAUUUUCCAGAUAGCUAUGAAAAAUUUAUGGAAACUAAAAAAGCUAAGGAGAGUGAAGACAAAGAGAAUCUUCCAAAAAGGACUUCAGCUGGGGGAUUCAAAUUCACUUUUUCCCACUCAGCCAGCGCAGCCAAUGGUGCAAACGGUGCAAACAGUAAAUCCGUGGCAGCUCAGACGUCACCAGCAAGCUCCAACGGCUCCUCUUCAAAGAACGCAACCCUGACCACAGCGGUGACAGCCACGAAGGGAAGUCUAGUUGGCCUAGUGGAUUAUCCCGAUGAUGAAGAUGAUGAUGAAGAGGAGGAGACAUCUCCAAGGAAAAGACCUCGUCUGGGUUCAUAAAUGAAACCAAAACUUUGGAAUAAAAACUUUUAUUAUGGGGUUUCAAAUGCUGCAACUGUUUUAAGAGCUAAAAAGAUUCUGAUGCGGAAAGCUUUCUCCCAUGAGUAUAUAAGAUAAUACAAGGAGUAGCAAAAGAAACUCAGUGUAUCAGCUAGAAAGGGUUAGUUCUGUAAACACAAAGCUCCAAGGAACUUAAUAUCUUUCUAGUUAAGUAAGGAGUCUGCCAUUCAGGCUGUCAAAAAAAUUAAAAAUUAAAAAAAAAAG